AUGCGGCUCCUUACGCACAACAUGCUCGUAUGCCACGUCAAGGCGUGUGCCGACACGGCCGGACGCGAAGCGGGUGCCCGUCCGCUCAACUUCCCGCUGCGGAUGGACGGUGUGGUGGUGCUUGAGACGCAGUACAGCAAGAGCUUCAUGCUGCACAUCAUGAAGUCCAUCGACUACCCGGCGCUGUGCCACACGACCAAGGAGCUGAAUCACCCUGAGGUUCCGAUCCUGCCUGAGCAGAUCCCCACUGACUUGGCGGAGCAGGACGAGCUGCUGAAGCUAAUCCACCGCGUGAUUUUCGACACGAACAUCGUGGAGGGAGAGCUGAUUUGCAAUAACUGCGGACGUAGCUACGCAAUCACCAACGCCGUGCCUAACAUGCUGCUGGAAGAGGACGAACUUUAA